GGAGUGCAAUAGUUACAUUAAGAAAGUGCAAAAGCUACAUCAGGAAGCUCAGAAGUUACAUUAAGCGAUUGCAAAAAGUUACAUUACGCGAGUGCAAAAAGUUAGAUUAAGAGGGUGCAAUAAGUUAACAAUAAGAAAGUGCAAAAAAGUUACAUUAAAUUGGUAUGUUAAAACAUUCAAGAUAAAAAGAGUUUUACCUAAGCAUUCAACAAAAGCAAGGGCAAGAUGUCAUUCAUAAAGAAGAUGAAGGGUAUGGUGAUUAUUACCCAUAUCGAAGACACAGAAGCCCAGCAUCUUGACGAGCUCGAUUCAAAUCCUGCAAGACAGAAGAAGACAAAGGGGAAGACCAAAAGGACGAAAGCUCCGCCCACUACUGCUCAGCCACUGCAGGAUUCCUUGGCAGACCUGACAGAAGAAGCACGAACUGCCCCAAAGAAGGAAUUACAUUACAAGAAAAAACCUACCUGCUUGGAUAAUGCAAUUUUCAACGAGAAACUGCGCAUCAUCUAUGUCGUCAUUCUUUGUCUCCUAAUUGGAUUAAUGGUUCCUUACAUUCUCUCCUGGCAUUAUAGAAAUUUACCUCCACCACCCGACAAGAAUUACUGUGGCCUUAAUAUAUCAUACAGGAUGGAGUGCCUACCUGGUACCAUUAAUAUGUCCCUGAGUGUCUGUUACCAGGCUAACUGCUGCUAUGAUGAUUCAUCGACUGACCCAUACGCUCCUAAGUGCUUUCAUACUAUCCCCAGCCAAUAUGGCUACUUUGUAUACAAUUCUUCCGAAGGUGGAGAUGUCAUCAUCACACCUGUUAGGCAGUCAAGAACACCAGAACCUAUUCUUUACAGUCUUGAACGGACAUCUUUCACACUUGACCUUCUACCCAUUAAUAGAACAACACCAACCGGUGAUAUGGCUUGGCCAUUAAGGGUCCUUGUCCAGAGGAAGGGACCAGAUAUGGUAAGGAUCAAAAUCUGGGACCCUAUGAAUGCACAAGAUGUAGAAGACGACUUUACAGAUGACAUGCCCUCUGAAUGGAAACUGGACGUCACUGUCAGUGACCUUGGUGGGCAGUUCAACGUAUCCAUCACACGAAAUGAAACAGGAGAGGAGCUUUUCAAUACUGUGUUUGGCCCACUUAUAUACAGCAGAAACUAUAUGGAAAUCACAGCUCGAGUGAGCAGCUACCACAUUUAUGGGCUGGGGCAAGGAGGAAAUUACGAUCUCAUCCCCAAUUCUAAUGAGAGACCUCGAUGGACACUUUUCAAUACAGAUACAGAUGAUGAUGACGACACCAUGUCUCACAGCUCCCAUCCAUUUUACAUGAACUUCGACGGAAAUGGAAGCGUGCACGGCGUCUACCUACACAACUCUGCUCCACUGGAAAUUGGCCUUUACCCUGCACCGGCCAUUGUUUUCAGGGCGCUUGGGGGCUCACUCGAUCUUCGGUUCUUUGCUGGACCAACACCUCAGGAUGUUACCAGGCAGUACACAGAAAUGGUAGGAAAACCGGCCAUGCCACCAUUUUGGGCUCUCGGGUACCACCUCUGCCGUACAACAGCGGGCAUCACGGAGUUUGAUAAAGCCUUCGAGAUGAUGACAGAGAAGGCACUGCCUUACGAGAGCGACUGCAUAGACGCCAGGCUUGCUUUUCCUGGAUCGUUCAUGCCCCUCUCACCACAAGCCGAGGAACGCCUCCAGACUCUACAGACCAGCGGACGAAGGUUCUGGCUCGUCCAGUACCCCUUUUUAGAGCCUGGAAGCCAAGCUUAUGAAAACGCUAAGGGAUCGGAUCUGCUCCUACAGGCAGAAAGUAGGUCAGGGGAAAACAUCACGGUCAUAGACUACUACGGCCAAGUGGCUAAGAAAACAGUCGGAUAUCCAGAUUUCAUAAACGGUAAUAUUGCAGACUGGAUGAAAGGUCUUGAAGGAAUAAGUGACCUCUAUGGUAGAUCCGACGGCAUUUUACUUCUCAAGAAUUCACCAAUGAACCAGGUCAUUCCCAACUACACCCCCCCAGUUGGCGCCUCUUUGCAAGACGCUUGCAACGAGACCCAUCCGGAAUUCUGUUGUCCUCGCUACGACGUCCCCUUCCUACCUACCGGUGUGUCAGAUUUAAACAGUGAAACAAUAUGUUCAUCUCUGAUACAUCAAACUCUGGAAGGAGAGGCGAGACCUCACAUAAUCUCCCACAAUUCUUAUGGACGUUACCAUCACCAAAGAACUUAUGAGUUUAAGGAAUCACUGGACACAGCUACCCGCCCUGUGGUACUCAGCCAAUCCACCUUCGCAGGAAGUGGCGUUUUUGGAGGCCAGUUUGGAGGAAAUUAUAAGCCUAACUUUGUCUCACAGCAGAGGGCUCUCACGUACAUCUUACAGAUGGGGCUCUACGGUGUCCCCUUUACAGGUGUACCUAUUUGCGGCAGCACCAAUGACACAGAAAAUUUCAUGAGGGCGGAAUACUGCAUCAGAGGUCACCAGAUGGGCGUUUUCCUGCCCUUCAUGAUGAAUCACUACGAAUAUAACCACUUACCUCGUAAUCCAACGGACUUCACAUCCGGAUUCAUGGAAAAUGUCAGACUCUUCAUCCGGUUAAGGUACAUGUUAAUUCCAUACAUCUAUGACCUGUUUUACGAAGCCCACGAAACAGGAGCCCCGGUAGCGAGGCCAUUGUUCUACGAAUUCCCACAAGAUCCAGACUCCAGAGGACGGCAGUCGCAGUUCAUGUUGGGAAAGGCCCUACUGGUGACGCCCGUCUUCAAUAAGGUGGACGAGAGCAAGAGCGUGAAAACAAAAGCACACUUCCCUCCGGGGUGUUGGUACGACUUCUACCAGGGAACCUUGGUCAGUAACUCCAGAGAGGGAGAAAACCUGGUCUUACCAACCCUUCUCAACGACAUGAACGUUCAUAUUCGAGGUGGUUCUAUAAUAGCCUUACAAGGAAACCUUCAUGAGGAUUUCAACACAACAGCAGAGUUCCGGCAGAUGCCUCUGUUACUGAUGAUUGCCUUGACUUGUGAGCUGAAGAAUGAUACGACUACCACACCGGCAGCUGGAACUAGUACAACUGAGGCUACGGUUUCAGAACAAGUGCCCUCCGUUGAUGAAGACGAGCCUCUGUUCACAGCAUCUGGAGAUUUCUAUAUGGACGAUGGAAUGACGCCUCUUGAACAGAACCCUCCCUACCACAAUCUGACCUUCGAAGCUGACCUGACGUCCCUUACAGUCACUCGACUGAGCGCUAAUGACUCAACAGUGUGUGGAGAUGACCCUUCCGCGGCAGGUUCGAACCCUAUUGGUUUCACAUCACUCAUCGAUAUCGUCCAGAUAUUUGGCGCUCCUCGUAUCAAGAACAUGAGAGUCGACGGACAAGAGAAGAACUUCACUCAGGAGAUGAGCACGAAUGCAAUUACGUUACAUCUGAAUUACGACUGGUGCAGCACCAAUCAAACUAUCGUUACAUGGGAGUUAGUUUAAAAAUCAAACUAUUACCUUUCGUGAUCAAAUACAGUAAAUAAAUGUUCUUGCAUACUUUACAUAUUUACGUACGUAUAGGAUGGGAAACAAAAUUUCCAUUAAACUAUUUUCAACUGACAUGUAAAGCGAAUUUCGAAUGUCAUUUCGACUGAAUGUCAGAGUAGUUUGCCACCGCAGGGUCUUGACAAUUCCUGGCUGAAACUGUUGACCAAAUCUUUCAUAUUUUAUUCAUUUCUAAGUCAGGAACUUGUAUAUGUGCCUAACGAUGUUUUCUUUGUAAUUUUGUUCUAUACGUUACUUUAACUGUCACAUGUUUCUAUUAACUUUGAAGCAGAACAACUUGUUACAAUUAGCCCUUUCUUCCUGGGUUGAAAACACCAAUUUCUUACGAAGUAAGAAAUUGCUACCGUCAUAAGUAAGACGUCAGGAGUCUAUGCUUUUGGUCUUUGCAUGCACAUUCACUAUUCUUGACGUAUAUAUGUUUAUUGGUUUAGUAAAUGUGUCUAUCAACCCGCUCACCAUACUACUAAGACAGCUGCUAAUUUUCAAAGAUUUGAAAAUGCUUAAACUUGCAUAUUAAUGCUUUCAAUCAGACUUUGCCCCAAGUAGAGAGGUUGGCGAAGAAACCAAGGUAGCCUGCAUUCAUUUAAGUGUGGCACCGUCUAUAUACUAUUGCAGCCAGUUACCGAAUACAACAGUUACUGUUCAACACCCAGUAAAGAAAACGUUGGUUCUUCGGCUCAAGUUCAUCUGCAAGGUUAUAAAAGAUGCCAGGAACUGUGCUUGCGUCACGUGUCACACAGCCUUAAAUUUUAUUUUAAACUUAAUGUUUACAGUGCUUUAAAAAGUGAGACCAAGGAUGUGUCAAAAUCAUGGGUGAUAUUGUAGUUAUGAUUUGCUGCGACUGCAUAAAUAUUUAGAAUUUAUCUUCAUUAUAUAUAUAUAUAUAUAUAUAUAUAUAUCUAUAUAUAUAUAUAUAUAUAUUCUUGACCUAUAGCCCAUUGCCCUUAUUCCACUGUUAUAGAAUAAGAGAACUGAUUAUUGUUUUAAAAUCGAUCACGUCUUUCAUAUUGUAAACCUGUUAAAUGGAAUCCUGAUUCA